GAGCUCCCUGGGAGUUGUAGUUUGGGGCGGGCGGUGCCUGGUUCCCUUCCCACCUUCCCUCCCUCAGUCGCUCCGGGCCGGGGCCAUGGCCGCCCGCUCCCUCAGGCGUUUCGGGACCCUGCUCGGCUCGUCGCGACGCGGCAGUUUGUAUUUCAGGGAAUCCCCGUGUGUCUUCAGCACUGCAGCUCAGCAGAGAAGUACAGGAGACGAGUGUGGCCCAGAAGAUCCCCGUGAUGAGCCCAAGCAUCCCCUUUCUGAUUGUGCCUUAGAGCACAAAGCCAUCAAAUUGGAAGAACAAGUCCGGGAUUUAACGGAGCGAUACCGGAAAGCUUUGGCAGAUUCUGAGAAUGUCCGGAGGAGAACGCAGAAGUUUGUGGAAGAUGCCAAGCUCUUUGGGAUCCAGAGUUUCUGCAGGGACCUUGUAGAGGUAGCAGAUAUCUUGGAGAAGACAGCUGAGAGUGCCGCAGAAGAAGCAGAGCCUAGUAAUCCAAAUCCAACCCUGAAGAAAAUCUAUGAAGGCCUCUCUCUCAUAGAGGCCAAAUUGCAAAGUGUGUUUGCCAAACACGGCCUUCAGAAGAUGAACCCUGUUGGUGGCAAAUAUGAUCCAUAUGACCAUGAAAUAGUGUGCCAUGUACCAGCUGAGGGAAUGCAGCCGGGCACGAUAGCGCUGGUGACGCAGGAUGGCUACAAACUCCAUGGUCGCACUAUCAGACACGCACUCGUCGGCGUGGCAGUAGAGUCACAGGAAUGACAUGGGCUUACCCAUUGGCAUCUGGGACUUUUACUGAGCUGAGGACCUCUCAGCACUCAGUCACAAGUGCAGCUGCAUGUCUUUACUCUUAUUUAUUAAGCUAGGUUUGUAUUGUAUGUUGGCUUCUUUAUAAUGUGUGCAGUCAUUUUUUGCCAUUAAUUCUAAGGUACUUGUAUAUUUAACGUUCCUUUUUGGAGUACGUGGAGUAGUACUAGGAGUCCUGCUAUUUGUCAGAAAUGUGGCACUGUAGCCCCUUUCUCCGUUGCUCAUUUCUCCAUUAAGACUUGUGUGGGGAAGCGGGGAGAUUCGGGAGAGAAAGGGAAAUUCUCUGAGAGCUAAGGGAUCUUGUCUCCCGGUUCCAUCUCCGAGACAGACUCCUGCAGUGGCCCUCAGGAAAGUAACUUCUCUGCCUCAGUUUCCAUAUCUGUAUUAAGGGAAUAUAGUAAUACUUACUGACCUACCUCACAGGAAUGUGAUGAGGCUUUUUCUUUGCAAAGCACUCAGAAGAAGACAAGCCCAAAGGGCUGAGUAUUAUUAUCAGGAUGGUUUUGUUGUCUUUCCUUGUCCCCGGACCCCUCAGGUGGGGAUGAAGAUGAUGACUUGAAAUGACAUUUAGGGGCAGCUUUUUCUUCAGGAAAACAAUCCUGAAUUAAUGAUAUCUCUGUCAUUCUAGAGGUGAGUAGGGAUGAGGUUUUCAAGAGAAUUCCUAUGUUAGGUCAGACUUUAACGCGUUAAUAUUUGUUCUCCAGGUCAAACUUCAGCUCACCUCCUUGUUCCUAAAGGUGAAACAGGGAGUAGUGGUUCUCGAUGGAGACAGAAAACUGUUUUAAAAUCUCUUUCUCCAACCAAAAAAUAUAUUUUAGAGGAGAGUAAUCUUUCUUCCCUGAUGGGUAUUUGUGCAGCUUUCAAGCAUGAUAAACUAUAUGUUCUUUGUUGCAGCUGCUGGCAAAAUGGAGAUGUGCCCUUAAGCAGGAAAUCUGGACUGUUUUAUUUUCUCAGCUCUCCAAUAACGGUACUUGGAUAAUACGAACUUCCAGUUCACAUUCAGAUUCCACUUUUGUGUGGUCAUAGUAAAUAUCAAACCUUUUGGGUUUUGACACAAGGAGAAAAAUCUUUUCUACUAGAAGUCUCAAGUGCCCUUGAACUAAUUUUAGCAGCGGUGACGAGAAAGCAAGAGAAGCAGAAGGCUGAGGGAAGUGAAAGCUGACCUCAAGCCGUCCUCUUAGUUGGAGGCAUGUUGUUGUCUCAGCAUGGCAUAUGUAUUUCCCAGUGGUCCUUUUGCCUGGGAGUCCAUUUAUCUCAGCUGAAAGGAUGCAGCCACCGAGUAAGAUCAGGGUUUAACCCUUUACAGAGCAGCAGGCAGUAUAAUGACAGAAGAGUUACAUAAACCAGCCUGUAGCCCGCACUACGCAAAACCAAGGCAGGAGUGGUUGUUUUCAGGUUGUUUCUUACAGAUUCAUUAAUUCCUGCCUUUUUACUUACUGGUAUUGGAUCUGUCACCUGACAAUUAUUUGGUUUGGAAGAAAGCUUGUUCUCCUAUUCCUUCACAGGCUUUGGUUGCUUUUGUGCUGGACUGUGAGAUUACCACAGCCUUCAGUUAGCAACUAUCAACAGGCUUUCAUCUGGGGAGGCUGUGUGCAGCUAGUUGCUUCUCGUGCCAGAAAGUUAAGGCAGAUGCACGUUUCUAAUAUGCUCCUUCCAGGCUGCUUUAGUGGCAGCUGUAUGGGGGUGACUCGGUAGUGGAUACUUUCUGAAGUGUGGUUCUCUGCCUCUGCACAGUUAGGUUUUGAGGCAGGUGCUUCAGAUUUCAAUCCUGAAACAGUGCUUCAUGGCUUUGGACAAACCUCUUGUUCAGUGCUCUUGUUUUAUCUUGUUGUUGGCAAUUUCAGAGAUACACAGGACUUCUGUUCAUUGUUUUGCUGCUCUGCAUGGUGGCUGGGUCACCGGGUUACGCUGGUACUAAGGCAAAGAACAGGUGAAAUACGAAGCGUGGCGAUGCAAGUCUUGCUGUUCUGCCUCAAGACUGUCUGCAGCCUGUUCUGGGGAAACGGUGUCUUCAGCUGGAAGGAGUGGUUGGAUUCUCUGCUGCCUCCAGCCCCUGCUCUAUCAGCUGAGUCUUUUUGCAAUAUGAGGGGAGAGCUGGUUAUGGAAACUAACUUUGAAUGUGAAGCUUUAUUUAUAAGGAGUUGAACAAAAGCAAAGGCAUUUUACACAACAGGUAGUUUUCUGUCAUAGAAGGGCUGCGGUUUACCUGAGCUGGAUUUAAAAGUAGUGUGAGACCAGAAGUGGUGAGAUCCACAUCCUCUUUAAACUGACCCACAGAGCCAUUGGACUGUGAAGGUGCACUACAGAUCCGCUUUCGGAUUAUCUGCCAGGCCAGCCUGUCUCCGCAGCUACUAUUCACCCAUUUUUGCCUUAAAGAAAUACCCUAAAAUGCACUCCUGACCUUCUGUCUGUAAUAAGAGGUUAUCGGUUCAGCGUGUGUGUCUGGGAUCCGCUUUCUCUGAGGCACCCUUGUGUGGCCAGAGCAGGAAUCUGAGGGAUCCAGUUCCUGUGCCGUCUUUCUUGCCCUCCCACAGGCCCUGUUUAAUUUUGGGCAAGCUGUUUUCCCAGUUCAUGCCCCAGUUUUUUUCAGUCUAUGAAACUUCUACAGGAUCUUAUUGGGCUUUUAUGAUCAUUACUGUAAGAUGCACCCAUUGCUUAGAGACACUUUUACAGAAGUUACCAAAGAGAUAAAUACUGUAGCUGUUGUUUGUCCUAGUUUCUGCUUCCUUUGAACGGUGAAGUGAAAAUGAAAUAACCAAACCUGGAUUCCAUCGCAGAAUCCAGAUCUCCCAGGCAAAAUCAGAUUCUCUUGCCUUUCAAGCACACUUAAUGAUCUCUUUUAUCGUGGAUGAGAUUGCGUAAGGGUGGAUUGAAUUUUCUCCUUUGUAGGUUCUUGCUCCCUUGUCCGCCCUGUUUGUGUAAAGCUUGCACACUCAGCACGGUGGGGCAGAGGCCCUGCUGGUGCGGUUCUGUUGCACUCUGCAGAGUUACACCAGGGAGGAGCGUUUUCUCUCCAGCCACUUUAUUCAAUGACUGUUUAAUAGAGCACAGGAGCUGGUUAGCGGGGACGGACUGGCAGAGGAGAGGAAGUGUCACGGACCUCUCGGUCGUUUCCACCCCGCUCGCCCAGCCGUGAACUGAAGAGCUGGAGCCGGGCAGGCAGACAACAGAUCAGACGUGCGUGUGAUGGUGGUGUGGGGACCUGCCUUCCUGCUCGGGGGGGAGCGGGCAGCCCCGCCGUGUGUGGGGGUUUGCCCUGGUCUGUGACCUUCCUGUACCCCGACAGCGGGAUGGAUUUGAGUUGAACUCCUGGAGGAGCCUCCAGCGGCGCUGUCUGAUGAGCGUUUGAACUCUGACCAGGAGCGGUGCAGAAUGUGAAUGUCGCUUUGUGAACCUUAAAUUCUCAGUGCUUCAUCAGCAGAGCUUCUGUUGAAAGAGACAGCUGUGAUAAAUCAAUAGCUAUUAGCAGUCCUUUAAUUUUUAAACAAAUGUAUUUAAGUUUUAUAUUGUGAAUAUUGUAGUAUUUUUUUAUUUUAAAACUUGAGAUGUUUUGAUAUUACUUGUGAAGUCAAAUGAACAAAGUGUCGCUAAUCUCCAAAAAUCUAAGUUCAUUUAGUUGGUGAGAAACCUGUAUAUACUGUAUUUUUUUUGUGUUUCUGUGCUCUUUGUUUACCCAAAGGUUCUGAUUAUAUGAAAGACAAAGACUGAAGUGUGGGAGUGGUGCAAGUAAUUGACAACGACAUUUGAGUUAAUGUUGGAAAGGGCUGAUUUCCUUUAGAUGUCCAGAUACUGCCCAAUUGCUAAUAAAAAAAAAAAAGAA